AUGAUGUGGCUGGUCUUGCUCGCCAACAAACUCGCCUGUAUCGAACGCGAGGGACUGACGAGAAUGCGCGGCUCCAUUCGCCACGUCCGGCAGUUUGUGACGACGGACCACAAACGGAUGAAGGAGAUGGUGGAGAAGGUGGACGAGUGUCUGCACACGAUGGAUGCCACCAGGCACGAGAUCAAGGCGGCGAAGGCGCCCGAUGAGCUGGAGCGGGUUGGAAAGAUCUACGUGCGGUCGAUACGCGAAUUCGACUCGACCUGCAAAGAGAUCAACGAGGUCAUCCAGACCCUCAACGAUACGCGAUACCGUCAUCAAAAGAACACGGUGGCGUUCUACGACAUGAUGGAGCAGUACCAUCGGCGUAUGGCCACGGCCAUCCACGACGCCCUCAAGGACGUCAACCCGGACGGCAUCCACAAAAAUGAGCCAAAGCCAAAGGAGCGCCCGACCGCGGCCCGCCAUUCGAUGAUGAACCGCGUGGCCGUGGCCGCCACGUCGACCGAGCAGCACACGAAGGAAAAGACGACCGAUGGAAAGACAGAGGGAAGGACCGAGGGCAAGACCGAUGCCAAGACUGAGACAAAGGCCGACGGAAAGACCACGACUGAAGGCAACAAAGAAGACCACGAAGAGGAGAAGCCGGAG